UAUGAGUACACAGAUUGUGGGAAGUCCUUCAGUGAGAGUUCCAACCUCAUUCGACAUCAGAGAAUUCACACUGGAGAAAAGCCUUAUGAGUGUUGUGAAUGUGGGAAAACUUUUACCCGCAGUAAUUCCCUUCUUAUACACAAGAGAGUUCAUACAGGAGAAAAACCUUAUGAAUGUAGUGAAUGUGGGAAGACUUUUAGGCAAAAUAGUCACCUCCUUAUCCACAGGAGAGUUCACACUGGAGAAAAACCUUAUGAAUGUGGUGAAUGUGGGAAGUCUUUUAGGAAUAAUAGUCAUCUCCUUAUCCACAAGAGAGUUCACACUGGAGAAAAACCUUAUGAAUGUAGUGAAUGCGGGAAGUCUUUUAGGCAAAAUAGUCACCUGCUUAUCCACAAGAGAGUUCACGCUGGAGAAAAACCUUAUGAAUGUGGUGAAUGUGGGAAGUCUUUUAGGGAUAAUACGCAGCUCUUUAUCCACAAGAGAGUUCACACUGGAGAAAAACCUUAUGAGUGUUGUGAAUGUGGGAAAACUUUUACCCGCAAUAAUUCCCUUCUUAUACACAAGAGAGUUCAUACAGGAGAAAAACCUUAUGAAUGUAGUGAAUGUGGUAAGUCUUUUAGGCAAAACAGUCACCUCCUUAUCCACAGGAGAGUUCACACUGGAGAAAAACCUUAUGAAUGUGGUGAAUGUGGGAAGUCUUUUCGGGAUAAUAGUCAUCUCCUUAUCCACAAGAGAGUUCACACUGGAGAAAAGCCUCAUGUGUGUAGUGAAUGUGGGAAAGCUUUUAACUGAAAUUAUUCUUUUCUUAUCCACAAGAGACUUCACACUGGAGAAAAACUUUAUGAAUGUGGUGAAUGUGGAAAGUCUAUUAGGGUUAGUAGACUGCUCCUUAUCCACAAGAGAGUUCACACUGGAGAAAAACUUUAUGAAUGUAGUGAA